AUGGGGGGCCAGGCUCAGGGCCCGGGAGCCGUGGAGGGGGACGGUUUAUUUCUUCUCCCCAAGUCUCCGUACCAGAGGCUGAGCCAGAGGAUGCAGGACAUUUCGGGGGACCGUGGGGUGCUGAAGGAUGUCCUCCGCGAGGGCGUGGGAGACCUGGUGACCCCUGAUGCCUCCGUGUUGGUGAAAUACUCGGGCUACCUGGAGCACAUGGACAAGCCCUUCGAUUCUAACUGCUAUAGGAAGACGCCUCGGCUUAUGAAGCUGGGAGAGGAUAUCACGCUUUGGGGCAUGGAGCUGGGCCUCCUGAGCAUGCGGAAAGGAGAGCUGGCCAGGUUUCUGUUUAAACCAAGCUACGCCUAUGGCACACUGGGCUGCCCUCCCAUGAUUCCUCCGAACUCCACAGUCCUCUUCGAGAUCGAGCUGCUUGACUUCCUGGACUCUGCCGAGUCAGACAAAUUUUGCGCACUCUCAGCUGAGCAGCAAGACCAGUUUCCACUUCAGAAGGUCCUGAAAGUGGCCGCUACCGAAAGAGAAUUUGGCAACUACCUUUUCCGUCAAAAUCGUUUUUAUGACGCCAAAGUGAGGUAUAAACGGGCCCUGAUGCUCCUCUGCCGGCGAGCAGCGCCUCUGGAGGAGCAGCACCUGGUGGAGGCCGCCAGGCUGCUCGUGCUGCUUAACCUGUCCUUCACCUACCUGAAGCUGGAGCGGCCCGUCAUCGCCCUGCGCUAUGGAGAAAAGGCUCUGACCAUCGACCAGAAGAAUGCCAAGGCCCUCUUCAGGUGCGGACAGGCUUGUCUGCUCAUGACCGAGUAUCAGAAGGCCCGGGAUUUUCUAGUCCGUGCCCAGAAGGAACAGCCUUUCAAUCAUGACAUCAAUAAUGAGCUGAAGAAGCUGGCCAGGUAUUACCGAGACUACAUGGAUAAAGAGAAGGAGAUGUGCCACCGCAUGUUUGCUCCUGGUGACGAUGAUUUGACAGUGGAAGAAAACAGAAGGGACACAGCCUGCUCCCCGGAGGAGUGGGAAGCCAGCCUGCAGGCGGCUGAGCCUCUAGAAGAGAGCCCCUGCUGCAUGGUGUGUGGUAUCUCAGGGGACUCUCAGGUGGCUCUGUCCCGCCAUCUCCACCUGGACCCUCAGUGCUGGGCCCAGCCACACCUGCAGGAAGCUCUCCCCCACCCCCAGCAGGCUGCCUCUUCGCCUGGGCUGCUCACCCCACCUAACUUGACACUAGAAGUCACAGUGGGCACCAAGGUGGGCCCUGACCCCAGCCCGGCCUCCAUGGUCAAUAGCGUGGUGUCCACAGCCCACAAAGGGCCCUACACAGUCUGCGUGGCACAGAUGUGGAACUUGGGAAUAAACAGGCCAUAA